AUGAUAGUGACCGAGUUGGAAGGAAGUUCUGAUGGUUCAGCUGACUCUAACCAUAUUGCAACAGACUACACGGUAAAAGAAUUUAGCAUAACUAACGACGAAGAAGAAAAUGAGGAGCAUUUAGAUGACAAUCUGCGGAAAAUGUACGAUUACUAUGUCUCAGAGGUCAUUGAAGAUAUGGAAAAGGAAAGUGUCGAUAAAAGCAACACAGAUCCAACUGAAGAACAAAUACGCGCUGAUUCAUGUGAAGUUUUGGGUAAGGAGUUCAAGAAUGAAUCCUUCACAAAAACAUUUAAAACACUAGUAGAUAUUGUGGUGGAACCACAAAAUGAUUGUUGUUUGUCUCCCUCCAGUUCUGAUUCAGAAGCGUCUGAGGAUGUUAUUUCCAUCAUCCCAACUAUUUCUAGUUUGUCAACCAACUUUAUAACCCAAACCACAAACAUUUUCAGCUCAAAAAGCACUGAAGAUAUUCAAAAUUCAGGUUAG